UACAGGAUGAGUAAGAGAUACUUACAGAAGGCAACAAAAGGAAAGCUGCUGAUAAUAAUUUUUAUUGUGACCUUGUGGGGGAAAGCUGUUUCCAGUGCAAACCAUCACAAAGCUCACCAUGUUAAAACGGGAACUUGCGAGGUGGUGGCCCUACACAGAUGCUGUAAUAAGAACAAGAUAGAAGAACGGUCCCAAACGGUCAAGUGCUCCUGCUUCCCUGGGCAGGUGGCAGGCACCACGAGAGCUGCUCCAUCUUGUGUGGAUGCAUCCAUAGUGGAACAAAAAUGGUGGUGUCACAUGCAGCCAUGUCUGGAGGGAGAGGAAUGUAAGGUCCUCCCAGAUCGGAAAGGAUGGAGCUGCUCCUCUGGAAAUAAAGUGAAAACAACUCGGCUGGUACUGGCGGUAAAAGAAGGGAAGGCCAACUGGUUCUGUUGCUCAGGGAAGCCAGGGCAGCAAAAAGGAUCACAACAGCUGCACAUGAUGGAGUUUAGAGUGCUCCAUGCCUCCAUCAUCUUUGCUGACUGA